ACAUACAUAUCCAUCUUCUUCUCAUUCAUAUCACCUUCAUCAAGUGAUUUCUCCGACUUUUCGGCUUAAAUUUCUCGAUCCAAUGGCUCUCCGGUCCGCUCUGAUCUUAGCGUUCUUCCUCUUCCCCGCAGCCCUAUCGCCUUUUUUCGCUCUCUCGGCUUCCCAGUUCGUCAGUGGCAAAGUCUCCUGCUCCGAUUGCCCCGACGAUUUCGAUUUUUCAGGAAUCAAGAUCAUGGUAAGUUGCGAAAAUACGAGAAAACGUUUCACGGUGACGACAACAAACAAGAAGGGUGACUUCAUGGCCGAACUUCCAUCGGCGAAUCCAUCGAGCUUUGUGGCUGAGAUACGAGGCGGACCGACCCAACUAUAUGGUUCGAGAAAGAACGUAAAAUCGAAUAUCGUCAAGGCCUAUGGUCGGCCCGACGGUUACGCUCUUUCUUCGCCGCUGAUCUUCUCGAUCUCGUGCCCUUCGGGCCUCGGAUCUUCCAAGACGGUCGAUUUGCCACUUCCACCGGAGUGGGGACUCGCUCCUACGAGCUAUUACUUCCCUCCCUUUUUCCCGAUCAUCGGUAUCCCAUGAAGCGGUUUUAUAUGUCAAAGUUCAUAUCAUGUCGUGUACUAUAUAUAUAUAUAUAUAUAUUAGUUAUUAAUGUUGUAGCUUUCAACUACUUUUAAUAAAGUUUGAGUUUAAUAAUGUAAUCAUAGGAUAUGAAUAUUGGUUUUUUAUGUUGUAGA